GAGCUACACAGACCUUAGACAGCCUUGGCUGAACCAGAUGGACGGAAGGAGGAUGCCUCUCUGGGGACUCCUGUUGAUGCUCUGGAGCUCUGGAGCCUUCAGUGUCCCGACAGAUACAGCUGCCUUUGGACGGAUCUUGCUCAAGAAAAUGCCCUCCGUCCGGGAAACCCUGAAGGAGCGUGGAGUGGACAUGACCAAGCUCAGUGAUGAAUGGGGGAAGUUCACCAAGAGGUCCUCCUUUGGCAAUGGCACCUCCCCCGUGGUCCUCACCAACUAUCUGGACACCCAGUACUAUGGCGAGAUUGGCAUUGGCACCCCACCCCAGACCUUCAAAGUCAUCUUUGACACAGGUUCCGCCAACCUCUGGGUCCCCUCCACCAAGUGCAGCCCUCUCUACACCGCCUGUGAGAUUCACAGCCUCUACGACUCGUCGGAAUCCUCCAGCUACAUGGAGAAUGGGACCGAAUUCACCAUCCACUAUGGAUCAGGGAAGGUCAAAGGUUUUCUCAGCCAGGACAUAGUAACUGUGGGUGGAAUCUUUGUGACACAGACGUUCGGAGAGGUCACCGAGCUGCCCCUGAUACCCUUCAUGCUGGCCAAGUUUGAUGGGGUUCUGGGCAUGGGCUUCCCUGCUCAGGCCGUUGGCGGGGUCACCCCUGUCUUUGACCACAUCCUAUCCCAGAGGGUGCUGAAGGAGGAAGUCUUUUCUGUCUACUACAGCAGGGAUUCCCACCUGCUAGGUGGAGAAGUGGUGCUGGGGGGCAGCGACCCCCAACAUUACCAAGGCAAUUUUCACUAUGUGAGCGUCAGCAAGAUUGGCUCCUGGCAGAUCACAAUGAAGGGGGUGUCUGUGGGGUCUGCCACCUUGCUGUGUGAGGAGGGCUGUGUGGCCGUGGUGGAUACUGGUGCAUCUUAUAUCUCGGGUCCUACGAUCUCCAUGAAGCUGAUCAUGCAAGCCCUGGGGGCCAAGGAGCAGAGCACAGAUGAAUAUGUUGUGAACUGUAACCAGGUGCCCACCCUCCCCGACAUCUCCUUCCACCUGGGAGGCAGAGCCUAUACACUCACCAGUGCGGACUACGUGCUGCAGGAUCCCUACAACAAUGAUGACCUAUGCACGUUGGCUCUCCAUGGCCUGGACAUCCCGCCACCCACUGGGCCUGUCUGGGUCCUGGGUGCCAGCUUCAUCCGCAAGUUCUACACAGAGUUUGAUCGACAUAACAAUCGCAUUGGGUUUGCCUUGGCCCGCUAAGGCCCUCUGUUACCCAGUGACCCUAGUUUCUGGCCAAGGCAAAGAUGGUGCUCCUGAGGGCUUAACCUCCACCCAGGGACACUGGACACAGCUCCCGAGGAGUGCCUGCCCCCUCGCCUGCACUCACCUGUCUCUGCUUUGAGGAAAGACA